AUUUGUCAUUUUACCUUGUGCGUGACGUCCGUGAGAAAAGGGGGAGGUGAAGACCCAUUCGAUAAGAGAAAUCAGCCACACAUCCAGUGCUGAGCGCAAGUGAGAUCGGGCUCUGCUUCGUUCCUCGCACACACACGGUCAGCUCCAGCCUUUCAUUCUGCCCUCACUCGCUUCGGCGCACGCUGCAUUCCUCCGGUAGUUUUUGGAUUGCGUGCGGCGAUGUUUCUCUGCAGAACUGCCUGGCAAAAAUGUGGGCCUUUGGCUCGGAAGUCAGCCCACCAGUUGUAUAGAGAUGGUGAGUAUCACAUAACGGGUUCAAUAGAUGGCGAAACCACAUUAAAGUUGUACAUGAUACAAGAUGGCAAAUGUGUAUCCUUGUUGGCUUUUAUUUCCUCUAUAUAUAGGCUAUGGGUAGCCUAUGGGUAGAGGAAUUUACGUACAUUUCAGAAUAUAACAUUUUGUUCUCAUGUGGUUUGGCUUUACUGAAACCCUCUCUUCCCAAAUUUAAAAGAUGGCACCUGUGUUACAGGACAAGGGAAGUGAAGGUCAAUUUGAAUUUUGUCCAAUUAUUCGCAUAAUUUUUCAUUGUGUUCAUUUUGAUCAUCUUAUUGGAGCGUUAAAUUGUUACAUGACACAUUUGAAAGAGAAAGUCGUGUUUUCUCCCUGUCAAAUCACCUCUCCCUCAAAGUAUCCAAACCAAACGAGAUGGGCCUUGUAAUUUUGUUACGAAACGAAAUGCAAUUGUGUUACUAUGCGGACUCCGUGGUGGCCUACAGUGCCAACAAAUUUUAAAUAAUUUCAAAUCGUUAGAAUACUUUGUUUCCUUGUCUUCGGUGCCAGAUGGUGACUUUGUAUCGAUGAUGAUUGCAUGGCCUAGGUGUGCAAAUUAUACAUUUGAACCAUAGUUACGAAACUCGCGCUUGAAAGGGAAGGUAAACAAUUACCUAACUGGUCACAUAACCUUUAAUUUGUUUUAAAAUUCUUAAUAUGUGACCUUCAUUAAAUCUGAGGUGGCAUAGAAAUAUGGUUCCUGCUUUUGCUCACGUGGUAGACAACGUGUCACGGGCGUCUCAAUGUAUGGACUGCGGACAAAGGCACGCGUCGCUCACCAAACAGCUCCCUCCGCGGGAGCGCGCAGCAAUGAACUUGCAUUCUUCCACCAAAUAAUUCCAUAAUGUGGUGUUGGGAAACGCUCUCAGGCGCUCCUCCAGAGUCUACCGUAAGUGUUCAAUUGGGUUGAACACUAUGCUCAUUUUGAGACCCCUCUUUCAAAGAUCUCUUCUAGCCAUGGUAGCCAAAACAAUGGGCAACAGUGGCGAUUUUAGCAUGUAAAUCUUGGCGAGGCAAAAAAAAACAUACGUGGGAUGCAUGCCAGCAAAGCCAUUACAAAACACAACACUAAACAAUGCAUUCAUUGCACUAUAACGUGACAAACUGAGCCCAUAAACUGUUAGGGCCUACAUAAAGCUGUCCCAACAGCAGUCCCAACAUCUUACCACUGCUACGCCUGGCUAUCAGCAGAGCCUUGUCUGGCAGCGAAAAAUAAAAACAUAGCUGACUUGCUUAAACAAAUGUGGUUUCUAAUGACAAUUAAGAUGUACAAACUAUGGGGACGACAAGCCGAUAAGAGGCAAUCCGUAAUUUCCAUUAAGACAUUAAUGAGCUAGGACGGACAUAGUCAAUAUAACUACUUGUUUAGCACAUGGGCCGUUCUUAGAGGUCUCCCUGUACACCAAGUCAGAACCGUGGGAUAAAUAAAGGGGGCAUUUAAGCAGACAAUGAUAACUUUUACAUUUCUCUUAAACAGGUUAUAGGCUAUAUGUGCACCACCAAGUCAGAACAGUAGGUGGAAUUAAGAGGGGGAAAUAGACCAAAUGAUUAGGGUAACAGCCUACUACACAACAUACACUUAGUAUUACUUUCUUAGCUACAGUAUACAUAUCUCCCUGGCAUAUUACAUAAUUUAUGCAGCAGCAUACAAUACAUUUUUGGACUCAUCUGUUGUGCUGGGCUCACUUGAACAGGGAGCUGGCGCGGCGGUCCUUCGUGGGCAAAUUUUGUCAUCAAAGUCUGGCAUUCUCUGGAUUUAUGGUGCUUUCAAGACAAACUGAAAACUCUGGAAAAAAACAAGGUCAAAUCAUGAUGACGUCAUUGAUCUUAAGGUCGUAGCUCUAGAAAGAGGCCUGAGUUCCGAAUAUACAAUUCCGAGUUGGAUGAUCGUUCAAAAUGUAUUUUCCCAGUAGGAGCUCGUUUUUUCCCAGAUUUCCCAAGUUGUCUUGAACUCACUGAAGUCAAGUUUUCGCAGUUCCGAGUUAACAGUUGUUUUGAGCGCGGCACAAAUCAUGCUUCAUUGACAGCAUGGCCAAUGUUGAAUGUUUAUCAUUUUAAACUUGGAAAAGAAUAGCAGGCUAGUGAACUCACUCAAUAGCAGGCUAGUGACUGCUUUGCAAUGCUUGCAGUUAGCCACUGAUUCCUUCCAAAGCACUCAUUGUUGAAUUUGCGAUUUCCAACUUGUGUAAUGUUCAUGGCCGGUGAGCACCGAUACGUUUGAUCUAUAAUUUCUCUUCAUAUGACAAGGAUUAAAAAGGAUUUGCCAGUAGAUUGUCGAAUUGAUUCAUGAUGAUGACUGCUAGCUAAGAUUUUGAAAGUAUGAUGUUGACAUGAUCAGUCCAAUCAAAGCUACUGUAGAUAUAAUGUGAUUUUCUGUGGUCAAUGACCUUGAGCCUUCUUGGAUGGGCACUUCUAAUGUAACUCUAUGGCAGCACCCAAGGGGCUUGAAUUUUCAAGCUCUACCCUUAGACUUGGCAGUGAUGUACUGUCCCCACUAGUGACAGAACACUGAGCUAAUCACGGCGCAACUAGAGAACAUUACCAACACCUACGCUCCGUAUUUUCCACUGUCUGCCCCACCACCACAGAAAGCACGGAGCUAGGCUGAAACACCUGCAUUUUGGAGCUGCCUUACUCAAGAAAGCAAAAAAGAGACCAUGUUUGUAUGCGGCUUUAUUAACUCAAUGUUUUUUUUUUUUUUUUUUUUUUUGUACAUUGUUUGCAAACUGAUAUGUGACACAUUAAUGGCAAAAUAACAUGCAAAACAGCGACACCGGCCCCUGCUUUGCGUUUGUACAGCAUACAACUCUACAUGCACAAAAGGGCGUCUUCUUAUCGCAGUGGGACCCUCCAUGCCCACUGUCCUCCCUUGACCAGUGCUUAGGCACAGAGCAGGUAUCAUAGCUUAAUCCUAUGACAUUGACCCACGGCCACUUGUGCUAUCACAAUCCCAUGUCACUAUAACCCUGCGACUCCAGUGGGGGUUGAACAGUGGGGGAUGAGAACAUUGAGGGUUAAAAUCCCCCUGCAUUGACACUCCCUGUUUUGUCAUGGGGUGUUCCUUUUCGAAAGGAGAACCUUGUGUAUUAGUUAUUACAUAUUUUGAGCAAUAUUGUUCUUUCUUAAUUAUCAGGAUCAAGAGGAAAUUGACACCUACUGGUGCUCUUCCAAUGGGACUAGUUAUGUCCAGACUAAAAUCUAGACUAAACUUAAUUUGAGCCUAAAAUCACUGGUCCCCCAUUUUAUGCUCACUCAUUGUGAAUGGCAUGCAGGCUGUCCUGUUAGUUUGGGGUUUGCUGUACAAGUGAAACCGGACACUUGUUGUCGAUGUGGGGAGUGACUUGCUGUUCAUUUUGUCCUUAAAAUGUUAACGGUAGCUACAGUUAACUGUGGCAAAGCUGUUCCUCUGUUUUUGUGCAAGUCUGUCUGCACGGUAGAUGCAUGUCUGUCUUCAUGGGUUGCGUGUGUCUGAUUUCUUUGUGACUAUAGUCUAGAUGUGUUAAGUGUGUGUGUGUGUGUACGAUUGUUCGUCUUUGUGUUGUGCGUGUGUAUGGCGUUUGGUGCCUGUCUGCCAUGAGGGCAGGGCACUGACCUUCAACGGCAUUAGGAGGAAACGCUGACUCUGGUCCAAGUCUUGGCGUAGUAAACAAAGCGCCUGGCUGCAGUGUUUUUUUCUUUCUGCUGAUGUAAUGGCACUCGGAAAGCACAAUCAAUUUGAAAGAACUACGUAAAAUGACAAAACACCUCCUUGUGCUGAGUAUCAUAAAAAUAUGCUGCUGGAGUAAGAUUAACUUUUUCACUUUAAUAUUGGUGGUGGGUCAUCUGACCUGCUUUUGAAUAUUGCUAUUGCACUAACCUUCUAGGCAAAUUACAUUUAGCUAGAAUUCGACAACUUUUAUUUCACACAAGCCUAUUUCACUUUAUCCCUUGUUGUUAGUCUGGUUGGAGUUCUACCAGCCAACCACUGUUUUUCAGUUGGAGGCAAAUGAGCUCUGACAGGCAUAUUCCUGGACACCUAAUCCAAUAAACAUCCAGAGAUCGUGCUUCAACAAAUCUUCUGUCCUCACGCUUCCCUCUCACUGCAUUAGGUCUAUCUUAUUGUAAUCUUUUUAAAACAAUCUUAUGGGGUGGGGACUAGAUCAAAUGUAGAAUAUCCUGUAACAUCUACUGUGAUUCCUGAUGACAUCUGAAGGCCAGGUGACCUUUACCUAACCGGUGACUUUUUGUUGUUGUUGUAGUAGUAGUGCCACGGCGACAGAUGUCGUCGCUCCCCGGUGGUACUGGUGAUAACAUAAUCUACGCCCUGCUGUGUGGUGGGGCCUUUGCUGGAGCCGUCGCCUACGUGAGUCUACACUUGUCUAUUUGAGUUUAGAUGACGUAGCUCAUAGGGGGGGGGAAAUAAUCCCAGACUGGCCUUUUUUUUUCAUAAACCUUUAACUCUAGAAUGUGCUAUUUUAUUCUUUGACAUGGCUAAAGUUGCCCUCAGAAGAAUGUUAUAAUGCGUUUCAUUGGUACAUUUACAUUUUACAUUUGAGUCAUUUAGCAGACGCUCUUAUCCAGAGCGACUUACAGUUAGUGAGUGCACACAUUAUUAUUUUAUUUUUUCAUACUGGCCCCCUGUGGGAAUCGAACCCACAACCCUGGCGUUGCAAACGCCAUGCUCUACCAACUGAGCUACAUCCCUGCCGGCCAUUCCCUCCCCUACCCUGGACGACGCUGGGCCAAUUGUGCGCCGCCCCAUGGGUCUCCCGGUCGCGGCCGGCUACGACAGAGCCUGGAUUCAAACCAGAAUCUCUAGUGGCACAGCUAGCACUUCGAUGCAGUGCCUUAGACCUCUGCGCCACUCGGGAGGCCACAGGUGAAUUGGUAGAGGUGAAUGUAACUAUUUUGAGCAUUAAAAUGAUCUUGGUGUUUCUUCCAACAGACGUACACCACCGUGACCACAGACCACGCCAGAUUCACAGACCGUGUUGCGGAUAUCAACGCUCGUCCCAAGACCGAGUGGGUUCCCAAACCAUGGCCCCCCAAGAGUAAGUCUCACCUCGCCCACCGUCUUGCCUCACAACCUCGCCCACCGUCUUGCCUCACAACCUCGCCCACCGUCUUGCCUCACAACCUCAACUAACCCCUUGUGUCAUUCACCUCCCAGGUUAUUGGAUAAGAACCUGUUUGGGUUUGGUCCGGGGUCUAAGAGAAAGAGAUGUGAUCCAAGCUAGGGAUUGUAGGACAGCAGGCCUGGUUAAUCCUCUACUUAAAUCAGAGGAAUGUCACUGAGUGACCACACCUAAAACUGUAGCCUGGCUAUUCGGUGUGUCCUCCUUUUUCUCCCCUGGGAGAGCCUUUCUGCUGCAGUGGACAUUCUGCUGAGUUCAUUAGAAUUCACACACACACUGAUAGUGGUCUCUGUCCUCCCCCUGUCGUUGUCAAGGUGUAUUAAUAACUGUUGACACAGACGGGACAGCCCAGUCAGCUCUGUGUGCGGCAAUAUCAAGCAGUCAGUCGUUUUGGCCAGACCACCAUAGACUCUUAGCCAAGUGGGCCAGCCCCCCUCACAUUCUCUGGUCAUUGCUGUCGGAGCCCUGCAUAUCGCUCUCAAGUCAUCCCACUAUCAUUCCUUUUCGCCUUUGCCAGAAUCACUUCCUGCAAACAAACACACUCCCGUCCAAUACCAUUCUAUUUAUAUGACCAACUAUUAUGUAAUCCAACUGUGGCCAGGCAGUUAGGUAUUGAUACUGGGAGAGGUCCAUAAGGGACUACUGCUGCUGUAUAAACAGCUGAGAUAAGAUGUAUGAUUACAAUAUAUUUUGUUGUCCACUUGUAAUGGAUGUUUAUUUUGGCAGGCUUCAGCAUAAUCAUAAACUCGAACUACACAGAUAUCACACAAGCGCAUGGCUGUAUGGCCCAUACACGCUCAUACAAGUGUGUGUAAAGAUACAUCUGUCCAUGCCUGUAUCAUAUAUCAUAACUGGGUACAGAUCAGACAUGCCUACUAAGACCAACUCAUUCAUAUACGUACAUGAUUCAUACACAUAUCAGCCGGAUCGCUAUAAUCAUACACUCCAUAUAAUCCACAUGUAAACCUGUGACAAUUUGCUUCUGUCUGUUUCCAGGCAAGGAUGAGGAAGAGGAGGGUGAGUUCCUAUGUGUGGCUUGACUAGCUAAUGUCUUUCAUUUAUUAUAGCUCACAGCCUGUUAAAUGACUCUUUCUGAAUGACCAAUGAAACUCAGUUUUUAGACUCACUAAGGGUACCUUGGCAUGGAUUUGAGUAUUUUCACUCUCUCACUGAUUGCCUUGAAAUGAAUCUAUGUUUCUCUAUAGGUACACUCACAAACCUAGGUUUUUCUCUUGACACAUUCACAAAACGCAUUCUGAGAACCAAUGCUGGGGAUAAGGAGUGGAUUCAUGGACUCUGAGUCUUAACGUAUUGCAUUUCAGUGAUUUUAAACAAAUGCCGUGAAAUGACACGAUAAUCUACAGUAUUAUUAUUAGUGACGUCUCCACUCAUCGUAGGGUUCCUUAAUCCUCAUCGGCUAGUCACGGUAGAGCACCAAUCACAUCGAUUCUUACACCCAGGCUAGAUGGUCUCCCUGUUCUUGUAAAUAACUGCCUGAGCCAUUUGUCUCAUCUGAUCAAUCUUCAGUCAAUUAAUUUAUCAGCAACAAAUUCUAAGUGCUUUUAACCUGUUUAGACUUUGUGUUAAAACAGUGUAACUGGGAUAAGUGUCUGCGAUAAACCCAUUUAUUUUAAUUGAAACCCAGAUAAGAUGUCGGGUCUAGAACAGGUUCUGCUCUGUUUGAUUUUUCUGGAGUUGGUCUUGGAAGUUUUACAACCCAAGGCCUUGGCUUUCUGUCAUUAGCUAGGUUUCCAUCCAAUUGGCGACCGAUUUUCAUGCGAACAUUCCAAAAUCCGCAAAAAUAAAAUGUGGAUUUUCCCACCAUAGAUGUUUCCAUCAAAUUGAUUGGUUGCGGAUUAAGGUCUGUGCGUGAUGACUUAAUACUUUUUUUUGCGGUUAAAUUCCCAUGUACAGUAAAAACAAGUUAAAUGGGUUUCCAUCGCGUUUUCGACUCUACUGAUUGUUUUGUCACAUAUGUUGCGUUAUAUAGCGAAUGUGCCCACUCUGGUAUUGGCAUGUGCGCUCUAGCCAACAGCUCGCAGAUACAGUGCUGAUUACAUGAGAUUAUUAUGAACAAUAGAGCAAGAUUAUUUUAAUUUGUGAAACGGCAGCCAAGCAUCAAUCAUCGUGUCACCAGAAUAAGACCCUCAAUAUUUAUUGGAAAGGAGCAUCAAGCUCAUCACCUUGCACUUUCACCACCCUGUGAAAAUCAUAAUUUAUUUCAUCUGUAGCCUAAUAAACUGCAUGCUUUCCCGAGUCGUAGUGGGAGGACCACACGUCAUCGCGUGACUCCAAGUUUACUUCGAUGUGAUUAUUAUAUCAAUAUUUGCGCAUAAAAUCGUUUCCACCGCCAUUUCUGUAAUUAAUUUUACAGACACAAAACGAUCCCACCUUUUCUAGCGUGUUUUGUCGAAAUUUGGAAAGUUUACAGACUUGCUGUUUCCGUCAGGCCUGUCCUGACAAUUUAUUUUUAUGUUUUACCUGACAGCUACUUUACGCAAAUAAAAAGGUUGUCUGGAAACCUGGUUAAUGGCAGAAAAGAUUGUUAGGGGACCAUAAGCAUCUAGUUGGUGUAAAACCUACUGUUGAUGGUAAUAUUUGGAAGGACCCGUUCCGAAAUGAGUUUGCCUGCACAAAAUGUUUUGGUUUCUCUAGAUGGUAAAUUUAAGACUAAUCCUGUUGCUGACUUUGAUAUAGACAUUUGUAUCAGUGGUACUUUGGAUUCUGAAAGUAAACUCAAUUUUCCCCCUAUCUGAUCCGACCAAGCUUCUCCCAUCUGACCCUAACCUAUCCUUUAGGCUGAAAUACCUGUUAAUCAGAACAGGGGGCUCCCCUCCUUGACACUACUCCUUUCCUAUUGGACGAUCUAUCCCAAAACAUGUUUCCCCCUUCUCUUUUACUUUUAAUCCUGUCUCCCUUUACCUCUUUAAAACCUGUACCUAUUUAUUAGAGGCUCUUUAUUCGCUACCAAACGGAGACAACCGGUGAUGUCGUCUCAGUGAGCCGUUAAGGGGGUUAUGCACCUAGAACGCUAAUGCACAGUUAGUAUUAUGAGCGCAUUGCACAAGCAAGAGAAUAUCGUAGGGAAUUGAUCAUAUUCUUGGAUGUUGAAUUUGAAAUUUUGAUAAUGGUCAAAUUUUUAUCAGAUUUGUAAGUUAUUUUGGUUAAAGGUUCUCUUCCUCCCUUUCUGCUAACUCUCUCCUAUGUUUACUCUUUUCAGUGUAAAAGUAAAUUGCCUACACCUCGGGACAUUAUAGCGUACUGGACUGUUUGGAUGAAUCUGAAAAGGGGGAAAUCUCUUCUACUUUCCUGCUACGUGCCAUACAUUCAACUAUUGUCUGUUUCUGAAAGUUUCUCUGCUGGAUGCUUCAUAUAGCUCCCUUCUCUUAUUUCCUAAUUUUAAAUUAACACCGCAAUUUUUAAAUUAAACGUGCACAAACCACCUUGGUUGUCUCUGUGUUGUUGUUGGAGUUUCCAGGUACUGGUAGCUUUGAUUGGAUGGUAAGAUUUGCCAUCUUUAUCCUCUACCCUCUACCCUCUGACCUGACCCUGUCUACGUUCACUGUCACUUUAAUUUCGCUUCCCUCCCUCUGUCGUUUUUAUUCCUCUGUCCCGCCCUUUCUGUCUUUGGGUUUGCAUGUGGUUCUGUAGUGAAUUCUCCUCUGCAGUGAUUUGAUUUGCUGGGGUUUGCCCCUUCCAGGUGGAGUGUGGUAUGAGCGGGAGGUGUGGUAAGAGGAGUGGCACGGGCGUGUGUGAUGCGGUGUAUGAUUGAGUGUGUAGUUGUGCACACGGCAGCUCAGGAUACAGAACUAGAUCUGAGCUAUACAUGAUCAGAUAUAAAUAUAUAACUUAGAAAUAGUACUUUAUCUGAAUAUUCUGUUAAUAUAGGCUAGUAGUGUUAUGUAGGGUAAUUUCACAUGCUCUGCAAAUCCAUUUAUUUCUUUGAGUAUUGUGUGUAGUAGAGCAUGGCUUACUCGGGCAGUGGUGUUGGUGAGCUUCAAAGAGCGAUGCCAUCUUUACUGAUUUUAUAAAUGUUUCUCUCUUUGUUUCAGGUGAGGAAGCAGCAGCCGAUGGAGGGGAGGAGGAAGCAGAGGAGGUGGCUGAGGGAGACGAGGAGGCUGUAGCGGCGGAAAACGUAGCAGAACCUGCUGAAGAGGCCGAUUCAAUCUCUGAAGAACCUGCUGUGGCGGCAGCAGUAGAGGAAGUGGCUGCAGUAGAAGCAGAGACUGUGGUGGAGGAGAUCGCAGAGGCUAUUGCCGAGGCUGCUGAAGUCAUCGCCGAGAUCGCAGAAGAGGUCGUCGAGGUGGCAAAGGAAGUGGAGGGUGCAGCAGAGGAAGUGGUCAAAGUGGAGGAGAUUGCCAUGCCCGCCAUCGCCGAGGAGGCAGUUACUGUGGCAGAACUGGAGAGCAAUGGUACGGCCCCACAGGAGGAGGCAGCCCCUGAGGCUGCUGUUGCUACGGAGUAACACACUGUCCUUCACCACCAGCCCAACACACGCACACUGCUAGACCAGCAACAAGAGGAAGGCUAGGUGUACACCAUUCUUUACCCAUACCAUACAGUAUCACCUAAAACUGAUCCUACCUGGUCCUAAAACCACUUUAGAGCUUGACUCCUCAGAUGUGAAGGUUCUUCUCUCGAAAUAACACAUUUUAUUUAUUAGAGUUUAUGUAGAUGGCGGAGGUGUAAUUAAUGAUAUGACUGAUUUUUAAGUUAAAGUGAGAAGACAGAGUAUAAUAUUUUGUUAUUUCUCCUCUUCACACUAGAAGCUUCCAGACUUUAUGGGGUUUGAUUUAUUUUAUAUAGUUCAGUCUCUCUCCUGGCUGUGUACAGUAUAGUUGUUGUGAUUCCUGGAGAUGGUAAAAGCCUUAAGCUUUCACCAGAGAGGCUGUGUUGUUUCCUGAAUUCCCUAUCCAAUCAGAACAGCAGAUAGAAAGUGGUAGUGAUGUCAUCAAUGCAGGACUAUCUCUUGCACAGUUAAGGAUGUAAUGUUUGCAAUCUCGUAUAAUUACAGUAAGGAUAGAAAUACACAGUGCAAAUCACUUUCCCCCUCAACUACCUUUAUCCACCCACCCCUCUCAAUGUCCUCUCACCAUUCUGUUUUCAAGCUCCACUGACCUCACGUAUCAACGAUCUUUAACUUCUCACCUGCCUUACCUCAGAGGCCCGACGCCGCAUGCAAACACGAACAGGAAAACACCUCAAAUGCGCCAUUUGAUUGUUAUUUUGUUUGUAAUGUGUAAGCCCAGUCCACGGCCAACCAAUCACUAAUACUCAGGGAGAUAUUACAUUGUAUAACUGUACUUUUUUUUAAGCCUCUUAAUAUGCUUCUCUGCCAGAUAUCACUGAGUUGGUACACGCCGAUGUAAUGAUAAAAGCUUGGUUUAACCUAACCCGCUGUACAUCUCAUGCAGCCGUGUGGUAGCUUCUGCUAAUAGAGACAACUCUGAACAAAACAAACUGUUGCCGUGUGUUUUUAUUCUUCACUGUAAAACUGGAACUUUUGAGGGAAUGACCUCGUAAGGUUAACUUGAUGAACUCAACCAUGUGGUCAUUCAGAUUUGGCUAUUUUCUUAACUGGCUAACGCAGUGAGAAGUUGUGUAAUUGAUCAAUGGAAUUCAUCAAGCCACACAAUAAAAGUAUUGAGAAACUGGAAAUAUCCACUCCUGUGUUUAAUUUGUCUGGAUUUGGUUUGCUUGCGCUAAUACGCUACGCUUGUAGGGUUUUCGGGUGCAGAAAACCAGUGUCUUUCCAAAACAAUGGUUUCCAUCACAAGGAAAAAUGACAAGACAAUCCGCCUCCAGAAAGUUAUGUGUUAAUUGCGUAAAUAUCUAACACCUUUUUAUAACUAAACGUUAUAUUUUUUAA